AUUAAGCCAUGCUGUGCCCAUAAAUGUCAAAAUUUCUGUCCAUCUUUAUUCAAAAAUCAUUUGAUUAUUCACGAGCAAAACACAGCGUAGUCGUCAUGUCCAAAAGAAGUGGCUUCCAUAGAGCCCCUAAAUUUAGGCCCGAAGUGAAAGUGGUCCAAAGGCCUCCUAAGCCCACAAUAAACAUGUUCAGAACUGAGAAAGUUGAGGUUCUCCCUGAACCAAUAAAAUCUGAAGCUGAUAAAAAGCUUUACAAGACAAUUAGGUUAGAGAAUGGUUUAACAGCUCUGCUCAUAUCAGACCCAACUGGGCUUGAUGUAGUUGAUGAUACAUCCAGCGAAGAGGAGAGCAGCAGCUCGGAUGACACCAGUGGUCCGGAGAGUGACACACAAUCGGAGCGCUCUGGUACCAGCGACCAACAUGGAAAUAAGAGGCGCAAUGACUUCAAUGAAGAGAAACUGGCGGCAUGCGCGCUGUGCGUGGGCGUGGGCAGCUACAGCGACCCGCCCGACAUACAGGGGCUGGCGCACUUCGUCGAGCACAUGGUGUUCAUGGGCAGCGAGAAGUACCCCAAAGAGAACGAGUUCGACGCCUUCAUCAAGAAAAAGGGAGGUUCAGACAACGCUUCUACGGAUUGCGAGGUGACGACAUUCUACUUCGAGAUCCAAGAGAAGCACCUACCACACGCCAUGGACAUGUUCAGCCAGUUCUUCGUCAGCCCCCUUAUGAUGAAAGAAGCCAUGCAGAGAGAGCGAGAGGCUAUACAGUCCGAGUUCGCUAUCGCCGCGCCUUCGGACUCGAACCGCAAAGACCAGCUGCUGUCCAGCCUGUUCCCUAAAGGACACCCGGCGCGGACAUUCACGUGGGGCAACCUCAAGAGCCUUAAGGACAUGGUCGAGGAUGACCAUCUACACAAAGCUGCUCACGACUUCAGGAGGCGACACUAUAGCGCGCACAGGAUGACGCUCGCCGUGCAGGCUCGAAUGGAUCUAGAUACGUUAGAAAAAUACGUUAUAAACACGUUCGGUCAAAUCCACUCGAACAAGCUACCAGCAGAAGACUUCACCGAUUACAUGUUCCGGCCAGACCUUGUCACGCCCGAGUUCCGGAGCAUCUACUACGUCAAACCGGUCAGCGAUACUACUGAAGUUCAUUUAACAUGGAGCAUGCGGUCCCUGAUCUCCGAAUACGAGUCGAAGCCUCACCAGUACAUCUCCUAUUUGUUGGGGCACGAGGGCAAAGGCAGUCUUCUGUCAUAUCUUAGGAAAAAGGUGUGGGCGCUCGGCAUUUAUACGGGCAACUCGGAAAGCGGCAUCGACUAUACCUCCAUGUACAGUCUGUUCUCUACACAGGUUGUGCUCACCAAAGACGGGCUAGAUCACAUCGACGAGGUUUUAGAAGCAAUAUUCUCAUACAUAAAUAUGCUGAAACAUUUGGGACCAUCGGAAAGGAUUUAUGAUGAAAUAAAGACUAUAGAAGAGACAAGUUUCCGCUUCGAAGAGGAGUCUCAACCGGCGGACUAUGUGGAGUCGCUCGCAGAAAACAUGCAUUUCUACCCGCCCGAGCACUACAUCACAGGCGACCGCCUUUACUAUAAAUAUGAUCCUAAGGGAAUCCGUGAGGUGCUGGAGUGCAUGAGCGCAGACAGCGUGAACAUCAUGAUCCUGUCCAACAAGCACUCCAACAAGAUCGAGUACGACGCCAAGGAGAAGUGGUUCGGCACGGAGUACCGCAGGGAAGCAAUCCCCCCCGCCUGGGUGGAGCGCUGGGUCAACGUGGCGCCCUACGGCCAGUUCCACAUCCCCGACAAGAACAUCUACCUCACCACGGAGUUCUCGCUCGUGCCGCCGCCGCAGCCCUACCUCGCCGCGGCCAAGGAGCUCGGCAUAGACCUGACUAACAGCUCCGCUAAGGACAUUUAUAAGAGGACACAGAAGAGAGGGGAGCAGACGACAAUUCUUUCCAAGGAUGAUCUCAUGGCUACUGUCAAUAAUUUCAGGCUCGACCAGCCCAACCUGCUCCGCAAGAACAAGCACAUGGAGUUGUGGUAUAAGCCCGACUUCAAGUUCCGCUUCCCCACCGCACUUCUCUACUUUUACUUCAUCACGCCACUCAGCCUGAAGUCUCCGAGAGAAGCUUGCCUUUUGGAUUUGUGGACUGACGUUUUACAACAGGGUCUCAAAGAAGAAGUGUAUCCGGCAAAUAUGGCGGACCUCUCGCACUCACUGUACGUCUCCGACAAAGGUUUGACGCUCAAAGUGUCCGGAUACAGUCAAAAUUUACACCUGCUGGUAGAACUGAUCACCCGCGAGAUGACGCAGACGAGCGACAUGCUGACGGCGCCGCUGUUCGAGGCGGUGCGCGACGUGCGCGCGCGCUCCUACCACAACGUGCUCAUCAAGCCGCACAAGCUCGCCAAAGAUGUUCGGAUGAACAUACUACUCGAGCCGUAUAUCUCGCCACGGGAUAAAGCGUCCAUCGUGCACAACAUCACUUUAGAGGAACUCAAGGACUUCAGCAAGCAACUGCUCAGCAAACUCUACUUGCAGGUGCUGAUACAAGGCAAUAUCGAGUGGGACAGAGCCAUUCGGAUAUCGGACAAUGUUAUGUCAACUAUCAAAUGGGAAGGGCUAGCUGAAAACGAGGUUCCUAAUUUACGAGUGCACCAGCUGCCUCUCGGCGAGCAGAAGAUCCGCGUGAUGAGCCUCAACCCUGAAUCCACCAACAGCAUCGUCACUAACUACUACCAGGGACAGGCCACCACUCGUGAAGACACCGCUACGCUCGAAGUUCUAAUGAUGGUGAUGGAGGAGCCAGUGUUCGACGUAUUGCGAACCAAGGAGCAGCUCGGGUACAGCGUGUUCAGCAUGAUGCGGUACACCUUCGGGGUGUUGGGAGUCAGCGUCACGGUCAACACGCAGGCUGACAAGUUCAGUGUUUCACACGUGGACAGCCGUAUAGAAGCAUUCAUGAAGAAAUUCUCGCGCGACGUCCGUCGUCUCGGCGAGAAGACCCUCCAGGCCACCAAGACCUCACUAGUGCAACUCAAGCAUACCACCGACUACGAACUCAAAGAGGAGGUCGAAAGGAAUUGGAGAGAAAUUGUUAGCAAGGAAUACCAAUUCCAGAGGCUGUUCUUAGAGGCGGAGGCCAUUGAAAAAAUCAAGCUGUCAGAUCUCAAGAGUUGGGUUGAGAACCACUUCUCGACCGGAAACAAGUCUAAAUUCAGGAAACUUUCCAUACAGAUCGUAGGGCACAAAUCCGCCACCCCCAACAACACUGUCGCUCCCCCCCGCGCACAGGCGCCCUACGCGCUCGACAUCCUCACCGCGCCGGAGCCGGGCGACAGCGCCGAGGACGUCGGCGACUUCAUCACCGACCUGCCCGCCUUCAAGCACCGCCUGCCCUUCAUACUGGUGCCGCAGGUCGAGCUCGCCACGUGUUAGACGAGGGUCUCUAUUGUUUCCCAUAUAGUUUUAAGUCAUAAUGUAUUGUUUGUCCACAUUUUCGUUAGUCAUAAUUUGGGUUAUUUUCAAAAACGCGUAACUUUUCAACAACCUAACCUAUCUAUAGGAUACCUGGGGAAGAUCCUGAAAAGUUAACGGUUUCAGAAUUAUGACUAAUGAUAAUAUGACAAUCAUUACGUUAUGACUCAAUAAUUAUGUCAAACAAAGGGACCCCGUUAGACGAGGGUGGCGGCCAGAAUGGAAAAAUAUUACGCAAAACUCUUACACUAGCACAUACUGAGGACCUACCGCGAAACACAAAAAUCUAAAUUUCAUUAUCUGCCUUUCUAUCACUUGCAUAUUCGAGCAAUAGAGAAGCGGAUAAUGAAAUUUCGAUUUUCGCAUUUCACGAUAGACUGUAAAGAAACCGCCUUGAUGCAUCAAUGUCAUAGUAGACCGUGAGCCAGGAACAGAUUUCCAUGACCAGUCGCCUCCCGGGCAUCAGUGGUAAGGCGCGUGUUUUUUUACAUGUUCAUGUGACCAGCUUUCCACAGCGAUACAACCGGCUGACGGGUUUUAAAAUUUAAAAUAGCAUCUAAACCAUCAUCUGACACAAUACCAAUCGGGAGGCGAUGACUGAAAAAAAAAAAUUUUUUUUUACAUGUUCAAGUCAUCAACUGACGGUCUUUCCACCGCGAUACAACCGGCUGACUAUUUUUUUAAAUUCAUGAUAGCAUCUUAACUAGGUAUCGGCCGGUAGGCGAUGACUGACGAAGCGACGAUAUAUCCUCUUGGCCCGCGGUCUAUUGUGAAAAUUUCUCAAAAACUGAGUCCCCGGCAAGCUCGGUUCUCCAUACAAACGUAGUAACGCUCUCAUUUUAAAACGACUACCUAGAUUGCUCUGAAACUUUGUACUUACAAUAGGAUAAAGUAUAUCUAGGUCUGUAAUUAGUUUAUGUAGGUUCAGAUACAACAGUUAAAAAAAUACAGCAAUUCGGCCGAGCUUGCCGGGGACUUAAUUUAUAUUAUUUUGGUACGUAUGACAGCCAAUAUCUUAGUGCAAUAUGUAAACUUAAAAUAUAUACGUAGGUAGAUGGUACAUAUACGGCUAUUUGAAAUCAAUUUGUAAUAGUUAAAAUAACACUGUCUUACUAUGACUAACGACAAAAUAUUCGGAUUUGGAGCUUGUAAUAUUCACAGUUCCAAGUAGACUCAACAGCAAUUUUAUUAUAAAGUACUUUAGUAUAAUUUUUUUGACAUUGAUACGCGAAUUUAAAACACAGGUCUUGUUUGGCUUGUUGUAAUAUGCAGACCAUCAUAUAUGUAUAUCAUAGAUAGUAACAUAGGCUAAUUUUUGGUUGUUUAUAUAUUCGCUAGCUUGUUUUUUUUUAUUUUGUAAAAAUAGAAAAUGUUAGUAUAAUGCUAUGUAUAUAAAAUAUUUUAUAAAAAUAGCAAAUAUUUUUGUGCUACCUUACUGUAGCAGUACAGGAAAAUAUGUAAAUAAGUUUUGUAUUUAAAUAUAGCUAUUGCAAAUAAUGAUGUGGAACAAAUAAAACUCGUUUUGUUUGAU